UCUGAAAUGGUGGCGCUUCGCCGUAAACGCCGCGCCGCGCCUUUUGGUAUUUCGACACGUGUGCGCAAUCUGGAUGAACUUUGCCUCGGGCUUGCUGUAUCUGGAUGGUCAGCACUCGAGGAGCAAAGUCCACGAUGCGCUUGUUAAAGCUGACACUGUUAUUGUUAAGUCACACCAGUGAGAAGAAGCGACUCGCAAUGGACGCAACGUCGUCAUUGAUUAAGUCGGUAACCAAGCGAGUGUGGUCGGCGCCCCAGCGUCCGUUCAGGGUUCGCGGUCCCAACCGAGAGGCCAAGAAGGGCAUCACGGCCGGGACUUUGGAGGAACUGAAAGAGAGGGUCUGUCAGGCGCUGUCGCUGGUUACUCUGGUGUCCCUGGUCUGCGAAGAGGACGGGACGGAGGUGGACUCGGACGAUUUCCUGGCGACGUUGCCGGACAACGCCGCCAUCGUGGCCCUGGAGCCCGGUCAGACGUGGCGACCUCCGUCGGGUGCCUCUGUGUCCCGAUGUCAAGACAAGAGCAAGUCCAAGACGGGAAAAGACAUCGCCAGCGUCACCUUGGACCUAUACAAGAUGAACCCCAAGGAUAUGUUUGGCUCUUUGAGCGUGAAGGCCACUUUUCAGGGCCUGUACUCGGUCAGCGCCGACUUCCAGUGUCUGGGACCCAAAAAAGUACUCAGAGAGGCCCUUCGCGUGGCCUCGGCCCUCCUCAACGCCGCCGGACACCUGCUCAUCACUUCGGCCUCGGUGAUCCGCCGCGUCAUUGAGGGCGUGGAGCUUUGGCAGCCCCCGCAGAGGGCCCAUCUAAAUUGAUCAAAAA